AAUUCCCGGCGAUCGGAAUAACGGGAGCGCGGUCCCGGACGGAGAGGCCGACUGAAGGACAGGCAGGCCCUACUGACUCUGGGGCACCAUGGAAGUGGAACAUGCCCUGCACCACAGGGAUUACCUUGUGAAGCGUACUGUACUGAACGAGGAGGAGCUGGAGGAGAUCGGCCAGAGGAGCAAGAAGCCGAAAUUGCCAGCCUGGAGAAGGAAGCCCCAGUGUUUAGUAGCCAAGUCCCUGCUUCUGCGCUUCUUUCCACUGCUGAGCUGGCUGCCUCGGUACCCUGUGAAGGAAUGGCUCCUGGGAGACGUGGUCUCGGGACUCAGUGUGGGCAUUGUUCAUCUUCCUCAGGGGCUGGCGUAUGCGAUGUUGGCGGGGCUACCCCCUGUCUAUGGCCUUUAUUCAUCCUUCUACCCCACCUUGGUUUAUUUCUUCUUUGGCACAUCCAGGCACGUCUCAGUAGGUACCUUUGCGGUUGUCUCUGUGAUGGUUGGCAGUGUCACUGAGGCCCUGGUCCCCAAUGACGAGUUCCUGUUGCCAGGCAAUGGCACAGACACGGCAACAAGAGAUGCCAUGAGGGUCCAGGUGGCGGCUUCUCUGACCAUCCUAGUGGGGAUUUUCCAGGUGGCCUUGGGCCUGGUGCAGUUCGGCUUUGUGGUCACUUACCUGUCAGAGCCUCUGGUGCGGGGCUAUACCACAGCGGCCGCGAUACAGGUGCUGAUGUCCCAGCUGAAAUACGUCUUUGGGGUGAAGCUGGGCGAGCACUCAGGACCCCUCUCUAUGAUCUAUAUGUUGAUUGAGAUUUGCUCCAAGCUGCCACAAACUAAUGUGGGUACCUUGCUGACAACCCUGAUUGCCGUGGUCAUUCUCCUAGCUGUCAAGUUACUCAACCAGAAGUUCGCCAACAAGCUGUUCAUGCCUAUUCCCAUCGAGCUAUUCACACUCAUUGGAGCCACCGGGAUUUCCUUUGGAGCCAGGCUGCAGGAAAACUAUGGUGUGGACGUCGUGGGCCACAUUCCCACAGGGCUGAUCCCACCAAUGAUGCCUGAUUUCAGCCUCUUCGGGAAGGUGGCGGGAAAUGCCUUUGCCAUUGCCAUAGUGGCUUAUGUCAUUGCCAUUUCUCUAGGCAAAAUAUUUGCCCUGAAGCAUGGGUACAAAGUGGACAGCAACCAGGAGCUGAUUGCCCUGGGACUCAGCAACUUCCUGGGCGGCUUCUUUCGGUGCUUCACCAUCAGUUGCUCCAUGUCCCGAAGCCUGGUGCAGGAGAGCACAGGAGGAAACAGCCAGGUGGCAGGAGCUGUCUCUUCCCUCGUCAUCUUGAUCAUCAUCAUCAAACUUGGGGAGCUCUUCUCUGAUCUGCCCAAGGCCAUUCUGGCAGCCAUCAUCAUUGUGAAUCUGAAGGGGAUGUUCAAGCAGUUCAGCGACAUCCAGACCCUUUGGAAGGCCAAUCGGGUUGACCUGAUGAUCUGGCUGGUGACCUUUGUGUCCACCCUCUUGCUGAACCUGGACUUAGGCCUGGGAGCCUCGGUGGCCUUUGCUCUGCUCACAGUCAUCUUCCGCACCCAGCUACCACAGUACUCCAUCCUAGGGCAGGUGACUGAGACAGACCUCUACAGAGAUGUGACCGAGUACAAGGAGGCCAAAGAGCUCCCCGGCGUGAAGAUCUUCCAUUCGUCUGCCACGCUCUAUUUUGCCAAUGCCGAGUUGUACGCAGAGGCUUUGAAGAAGAAGUGUGGCAUUGAUGUGGACCAUCUGAUCACAAAGAAGAAGAAAUUAAUCAAGAAGCAGAAGCAAAAACAGAACAAGAUAGAGAAGGAAGAGAAAAAGAGGGACAAAAAGGCAAGUAGAGCUGCUGUUGCUGCUGAGAUUCCUAUGGUCACUGAAGAGGUCAACUCUGACUCUGUGCAAGUCAGAAUAGGUAGCGUCGAAGACAUAAAAGCCAAGCAGGUAUUGGAUGAGGAUGGGCACGACUCUACGGCUAGCAUAACCGGAGACAUCCAGGAUCUCGGAACACAAUCGGAAGCCCAAGAGAAGUUGACCCUGGAGUCCUUGGGACUCCCCAGGCCUGAUUUCCACACUCUCAUCCUUGAUUUUGCUCCUGUCAACUUUGUGGACACCGUCUGUAUCAAGAUCUUAAAAAAUAUAUUUGGAGACUUCCGGGAGAUCGAGGUCGACGUGUAUCUUGCCAGCUGUCAAGAGUCUGUCAUUUGCCAGCUGGAAGCUGGCAACUUUUUCAGCCAGACCAUCACCAAGGCUCACGUCUUUGCCUCCGUGCAUGACGCCGUCACCUACUCCCUCCGAGACCGGGCCUCAGGGACAUCCGAGUUCCACGUAAGCAGAGUAUAG